UAUGUAAAUGGUUAGCACUACUUAAACAGUAAUCAAGGGAUUUUUCUCAUGUAACUAUGACCAAAAGUGAUAAAAGCAAGGUUUUUUUGCUACUAAAAACAUAAUAAUUGAAGAGGCUGAGCAUGAUGAGAUUUAUUAAAAUCCAGUGGUUAUUAUUCAAGUGCUGUUGUGUUCUCCAUUGUGCUGAAUGUAGCCUGUUUUUAUUAACUGGAAAGUGUGAAUAACAAAUGUGACUGAGACACUGUAAGCUCAACAGUUUUUUCUCUUUAUUGGAGCAGCUGUUAUCCAAGAUGAACAACAGUGGACCAGCGUUCUCCCUGGCCUCUUUGUAUGUAGGAGAUCUGCACCCUGAUGUUACCGAGGCCAUGCUUUACCAGAAGUUUUCUCCUGCUGGACCCAUCAUGUCAAUCCGUGUGUGCCGUGAUAUCAUCACUCGCAGAUCUCUGGGAUAUGCUUACAUAAACUUUGAGCAACCAGCGGAUGCGGAGUGUGCCCUAGAUACAAUGAACUAUGAUGUCAUCAAGGGUCGUCCCAUCCGAAUAAUGUGGUCUCAGCGUGAUCCAGGGCUGAGGAAGUCUGGUGUGGGCAACAUAUUUAUCAAGAACAUGGAUGAAUCUAUUGACAACAAGUCCCUGUAUGAUACAUUCUCACUCUUUGGGAAUAUUUUGUCCUGCAAGGUUGUUUGUGAUGAGAAUGGCUCUAAAGGCUAUGGCUUUGUUCACUUUGAGACUGAGGAGGCUGCAAACCGGGCCAUUGAAACCAUGAAUGGGAUGCUGCUAAAUGAUCGGAAAGUUUUUGUUGGCCACUUUAAAUCUCGCAAGGAGAGAGAGAUGGAGUUUGGCACAAAAGCUGUGAAGUUCACCAACGUCUACAUCAAAAACUUUGGUGAAGACUACAAUGAUGAGAAACUCAAACAAGUCUUUUCUGCAUUUGGGAGGACUCUCAGUGUGCGAGUGAUGAAGGAUGAGAGGGGCCAUUCUCGUGGAUUUGGAUUUGUAAACUUUGCUAACCAUGAGGAUGCUCAAAAGGCGGUCGAGGAGAUGAAUGGAAAGGAGAUCAAUGGGAAAGUCAUCUAUGUUGGACGAGCUCAGAAGCGGCUGGAACGCCAAGGAGAACUGAAGCGUAAAUUUGACCAGAUCAAACAGGAUCGCAUCCAGCGCUAUCAGGGGGUGAAUCUUUAUGUGAAGAACUUGGAUGAUACCAUAGAUGAUGAGAGACUCCGGAAGGAGUUUGCUCCUUAUGGCACCAUCACCAGUGCUAAGGUCAUGACAGAUGGCGCCCAAAGCAAAGGCUUUGGUUUUGUCUGUUUCUCUUCACCCGAGGAAGCGACUAAAGCAGUGACUGAAAUGAACGGGAGAAUCAUUGCUACCAAGCCACUGUAUGUGGCUCUGGCUCAGCGCAGAGAGGAACGUAAAGCCAUCCUGACCAAUAAAUACAUGCAGAGACUCGCCACCACAAGGACCAUGAGCAGUCCUUUAAUUGACUCGUACCAACAGGCUGGAUACUACAUGACUGUUCCACAGCCUCCCACUCGCUCCUAUUACAACCACAAUGCUGUAAGCAACAUGAGGGCUGUGCCCCGCUGGACUGGACAACCUCCUCGACCACAAGGCCCCUACUCACCACCUGGUACUUUUCUUCCCCGACGCGCAUCGACUCCCAUCACAACUGCUCGACAGGCUUCCACCCAGGUGCCACGUGUCAUCACUGGUACCCAAAAAACAAGCAACAUUGGGACCCAGACUGUCGGGGGCCGAACUGACGUUGCUGUGACUAGAAGCAGCCAGUACAAGUACUCGUCUGCAGUGAGGAAUGCCCAGCAGGUCAUUGCUGUACCUGCCCCCAUGCCAAGAUUACAGGUUGUUUCUGUGCUGGAGCCUCCGGUUCUGAGUCAGGAGCCGCUCACCGCCUCGAUGCUGGCUGCAGCUCCUCUCAUGGAUCAGAAACAGCUCCUCGGUGAGCGACUGUACCCUCUGAUCCACGCCGUCCACCCAAACCUGGCUGGUAAAAUCACAGGAAUGCUGCUGGAGAUCGACAACUCUGAACUGCUCCACAUGCUGGAGUCGCCGGAGUCUCUGCACGUGAAGGUGGAUGAGGCAAUUGCUGUCCUGCAGGCUCACCAGGCGAAGGAACGCUCUCCAAAGAAGUAAAGAUCAUUCUUCAUCACAAGUGAGAAACAUAAUUUGAUAAUUGGCAAAAA